GUGAAAUUGUCGCACACUGCAUAUAUUUACACUUACAAACGUCACAUAGUGACAACGAAUUUUUAUUUUUGUUUUUCUGGCUAAAUAAAUUGGUUUUCAAAAGUACAUUUGGCCAUUGCAAAAGGAAUCAAUCAAGAAGCCAUGGAAGGCGCCGCCGAUAAUAGAGCAAAAUCCUUAUCGGCACCGACAACUGCAACAUCUGCAACUACAGCUACAACAACAACAACGGCGAGUACUAUAGCAGAGAAAUGGGGUUUUCCGCUCCAGGAAUUGUAUCGAAUGGCCUUUACUUUCUACAAACAGAAUUCGGGCAAAGCCAUACAUCUGUCCUACGAGGACAAUCUGAAGUUGAUCGCAUUUAAGCAACAGGCAUCACUUGGACCCUUCAAUACCACUCAUGCUCCGGCUUUGGGUGUUCUCGAUGUAAUUGGGCGGGAUCGUCAGCAGCAUUGGCAGCUGCUUGGCGACAUUAGUCGUGAGCAGGCAAUGGAGGGAUUCAUUGAUCUGCUGGACACCAUGUGCAGUGCAUUUCGUCCGUAUAUCGAGGCAGUGCGUCAAAAUCGUGAUACCACACUAAAGGCGGACCUGAAGCGCAUGGAGCAGGAAAAAGAGGAGCGUACGAAGCGGGAACGUGAACAGAAGGAGCUACUCGAAGAGGGCUACAAAGAAGAAUUGCAACGUCGCCAAUUGCAGGACGCACUUAACAAACAGACGUAUCAACAAUUCAAGCUUUAUGCAGAGAAACAGUUCCCUGGGAAUCCAGAACAGCAGGCUGUCCUCAUUCAUCAGUUGCAGCGUGAACAUUACCAUCAAUAUAUGCAACAAUUGCAUAUGCAUAAUCAAAACCAGGAGAGAGAAAAGGAGAAAGACAAAGAAUGCGUACAGGGACUCAUGCAGAGUCAGAGCCAAGUUCAAGGUCAGGGUCAGGGACAGAGUCAAGGCAAUAACAAUAAUAAUCCAAGCGAUUUAACCAAUGCCAUGGAAAAUUUACAACUUAAUGAGUUUGAAGCACAGCAACAUGGUCAGGGGCAGCUACAGUUGCAGGAGGGGCCCAUUCAGUCGCUAGAAAAUGAUCAUGUAGCAGGCGAUGAAUAUGAUGACUAUGUAAUGAUUCGACCGGCUAAAAUCUGGACACGACCCGACAUUGAACAGUUUAAGACUGAAGUAUCCGCUGGUGAUGGCGAUGGAGUUAUUACCAUUGGACACGGCGACACAGUUACGGUUCGCGUGCCCACCAAUUCGAAUGGUAAAUGCAUUUUCUGGGAAUUCGCCACGGAUAACUAUGACAUCGGUUUUGGCAUUUAUUUCGAAUGGGCCAAACCAGUGACAAAUGAGGUGACAGUCCAUGUCAGCGACAGUGACGAGGAUGAAGAUUGUGUCGAUGAGGAUUAUCUAUCCACCACUGAGGAUCUGGAAUCGGGUGGCUCGUUAUCGCAACAUCAGGAUCGUCAUGCUCUCAAUAAUCCAAGUGUAGCAGCAGCCAAGGCACCCAUUUCAAUUAUUGUCCCCAUCUAUCGCAGGGAAUGCUACAAUGAGGUCUAUGUCGGGUCACAUUCCUAUCCAGGCGAGGGUGUUUAUUUGCUGAAAUUCGAUAAUAGCUAUAGUAUUUGGCGUUCCAAAACACUUUACUAUCGUGUUUACUACGAGCGCUAAUCCCAGAGAUGCCAAACCCGGAGAAAACCGUUGGUAAAAAGUAAAAGGAAAACAUAAAAACUGAGGAUGAAAAUACCCCCAAAAACACUUCUCGUAGAAAUUUAUUCAAAAAAAAAAAAACCGACAACGUCAAUAUGUCUGUGUCUGUAUGUGUAUGUGUUUACCGUCUGCAUCUGUAUCUAUGUGCAUGUAAAAACAUCAAUUCCUUUUUAUUGAAUGGAUUAUAUAAUUUAUUAUUUAGUUUUAACAAAAUUUCAAAAUUCGAAAUUUUAAAAUAAACCGAAGUAUAUAUCGAUAGCUUUAUAUCGAUAGCAGCUGACUGACAGUUAGCAGCGCUGCCAGAUGUAGCCAAAUCGCCAAAAUUCGAAA